AUGCUUCUGGACUUGGAGCCAGAUGCACCCAUUGACCCCGAGGCCUUUACACAGAUUCUAGAGUUGGACGAGGACGAUGAGACUCGAAGCUUUUCGAAAGACAUGGUCGCACUCUACUUCAUACAAGGCCCGGAGGCAUUUGAGCUAAUGAGCGCUGCAUUGUCAAAUUCUGACCUGAAGACUGUCGCUGACAGGGCACACUUUAUUGCCGGAUCCUCCGCCACAAUUGGCAUUUCUCGUGUCGCUCAGGCAUGCACCCAAAUCAAACAGGCCGCAGAAGAGGAGGAUGCUGACAAGGAUGUCAUUCGGGGUUUGUUGGACGGGACGAAAGACGCGUACAAGAUAGCCAACGCUUGGCUAAGAAAGUGGUUUGCAGAGCAUGGCGCCCCUUUUGACGACGAGCCUCAAAAUGUCGCCGAGAAGCCGUUCACUGCCAACGACGGCACCCACUCCGAAACGACACGAGCAACAACUCCGCCGUUGCCUGUCGCUGAUAUUGUAACAGUCUCUCAAGAAACUCUCGUUCCUGUACCACACCCACCCCCAGAAACAGUCUCCGUCCCAACAUAG